CUACUUUAAAAACAAAAGUAAAGUAAAAGAAAUGGGGGAAAAGCCUGGAUUCGGAACUUAAAUCCACUAGCUGGGAGUAGGAAGAAAGACUUUUGUGAUUAUACGAGGGCUAGUAUCGUGGACCACAAAGGCAGCAGGGGUCUCUUUAUUCUGCCUAACUCUUCGCUCCCGAGGCUUGCGCAGGACCACUGGAAACUUGACACAUAAACAGGAGACGGUGAGCAUUAAAUUCUCUCGCUCAUCUCUAGCCCUCUUCCCAUCUGACCCUUAUCUGGGGCAACUCCCAACCUUGAGCAGAAAACUCCAUUAGCACCCCCCUCCCGAAACUUCCAGUCCCAGUCCCUCAAUAUCACUCUUCCUUCAGCUCAACGCCCACCUUCAGCAGGGAGGUGGGCCGGGGUGGGGGGUGGAGGGGGGCGUUUCUCCGAACCACAAGGUUUUGAGCCAUAGCCAGAAUCCGUAGGCACGGUGACGCGGGCGCACGGUGAGACGGGAUUUGUAGUUCCAGCUCCUCAGGGUGUGCGCGGGAAGGCCAUUGCGCAUGCGUGAGAGGCCGCUUUCUGCACGUGUCUCUCGACCGGGUUUCGGUUUUAAUAAGUAAAACCCGAUUACUCCUUUAGUAAGUCUCCGACUGGCGUUAGGCGCCAGCCGACCCUUCCCAAGUCUGGAAGGCCCCAGUACUAGCUGGAAGGAGAGGACUUAGGUAUCUUUUUCCCAUAAAUGAACAAAGGGGCACGGACUUUGGCUAAGGGGAAGUUGGCUGAGAAACCAGUCCCCUUCCUUCAGGCUGGACCAAAAACUGACCUGCUACUCCUGGAGCCAAAAAGUUUCUCAAGGCAGGGCUGUCCUUGGAGAUUAGAGGCCUAGUUGAUUAAAAUCAGUAAAUAUUGGCUUAGGGCGUGGCUGAAUACAAUGAAAGGAUGGCCUUGAGACUCCCAGGGUAAAAGCCAAGUUUUCAAAGAACAGUUUGCAGCGGGCUUGGUAAUGCUUAACUUGGUGAUCUCUAACCCAGCAAACUAGGCUUAAGCCCAUUUGACUAGCCGGGAAACUAAGACUCCCGAGUGGCCCUAGGUUACCUCUUCUUCUUCUUCUUCUUCUUCUUUUUUUUGGUUGCCUAUCUGUUUAUCAGCCUGGCCAGGAGAUGGGGAAACCGAGGGCCCAGGAUCUCUAGCUUCUCCCUCGUCUGCUGCUCCACUCUUAAAAGAGGUGCCCUACUUUGUUCUUAGAUGGCGCAAGGAUUACGAUGUCUUUCACCAUGACCCUGCCCUUCCCUAAAUUUCCUGGUCUGUUUCAGCUCAUUCAGCUUCAGGUAGGGAAAGAGGUUAGGCCUUUCACUUCAGCGUUGAUUCAUUUCGUUUAUAAUUUUAUAACCUUGUGGGUUUUUCUCAUAUCCUUGUAAAAAGUAUCAAACAGUACUGGAAAAUAAAUACACAAAAUGUGGCUGAGGCUUCUGCAGGAACUAGGAACUCCCUUUGUGUGGCUUAGUCCUUCCUUUGUGUCUGGGGGUCUAAUAUUCACGCUAGGCUCAGGAAUUCCCUCCGAUCUUUCCUUGAGAACACCUACUGUGCUAUUCUCAGGAAUCUUCUGGAUGCGCGGGGAAAGGCCCAGUUCUAUUCGUAGAGGAGGGGGUGAAAGGCACAAAUGGCUGUGGCCGAGAGGUUCACGGGCCCACCAAAUACCGAAAGUCCCACGCGCCACCAAACUCAGCUCCUAGCAAGGAAGCGGCUGUCUGGCAGGCGUGAGAGACGCUGAGAAAACGAGACGCUGGGAAGACCGAACGGCCAGAGAGGCCAGGCGAGCCACCAACACUUCGGUCACGUGACCCGGCUUCGGCGGGGCCUGGGUCUCCCCCGUGCCGGGCCACGUGUUACGGCUGUGCCUUUCGAUUGGCUCGGCUGAGUCAAUUUGAACGGCGUACGGAAGCCGCCGUGGUUCAUCCACGGCCGCGUUUUUUUUUUCAUUCCCUCUCUUUGGCUCCCUCCUUUCGCGGGAGUCUCAGGAGAAGCCGCCGCGCACGGCGCCGCUGCUGCCACCCGGGGCCGGCUCACCUUGCGCCAUGGACUGGCAGCCAGAUGAGCAGGGUCUGCAGCAGGUCCUGCAGCUGCUCAAGGACUCGCAGUCGCCCAACACCGCCACGCAGCGCAUCGUGCAGGACAAACUCAAACAACUGAACCAGUUUCCCGACUUCAACAACUACCUGAUCUUUGUCCUGACCAGACUUAAGUCAGAAGAUGAGCCAACUCGUUCCCUCAGCGGUCUCAUCCUUAAGAACAAUGUGAAGGCACAUUACCAGAGCUUUCCGCCCCCCGUGGCCGACUUCAUCAAGCAGGAGUGCCUGAACAACAUUGGCGAUGCCUCCUCGCUCAUCCGAGCGACCAUAGGCAUUCUCAUCACCACCAUCGCUUCCAAGGGCGAGCUGCAGAUGUGGCCUGAGCUGCUGCCCCAGCUGUGCAACCUCCUCAACUCGGAGGAUUAUAACACCUGCGAGGGAGCCUUCGGAGCCCUGCAGAAGAUCUGCGAAGACUCAUCUGAGCUCCUGGACAGUGAUGCCCUCAAUAGGCCGCUCAACAUCAUGAUCCCCAAGUUCUUACAGUUCUUCAAGCACUGCAGCCCAAAGAUCCGGUCCCAUGCCAUCGCCUGCGUGAACCAGUUCAUCAUGGACCGGGCCCAGGCGCUGAUGGACAACAUCGACACGUUCAUCGAGCACCUGUUCGCCCUGGCCGUGGACGAUGACCCUGAGGUGCGGAAGAACGUGUGCCGUGCCCUGGUGAUGCUGCUAGAAGUGAGGAUCGACAGGCUCAUCCCCCACAUGCACAGCAUUAUCCAGUACAUGCUGCAGAGGACCCAGGACCAUGAUGAGAACGUGGCCCUGGAGGCCUGUGAGUUCUGGCUGACGCUGGCCGAGCAGCCCAUCUGCAAGGAAGUCCUGGCCUCCCACCUGGUCCAGUUGAUCCCCAUCCUGGUGAAUGGGAUGAAAUACUCAGAAAUCGACAUCAUUCUGCUCAAGGGGGACGUGGAGGAGGACGAGGCAGUCCCUGACAGCGAGCAGGACAUCAAGCCACGUUUCCAUAAGUCCCGCACAGUGACACUGCCCCAUGAGGCUGAGCGGCCCGAUGGCUCGGAGGACGCAGAGGACGAUGAUGAUGACGAUGCUUUGUCUGACUGGAAUCUGAGGAAGUGCUCGGCAGCUGCGCUGGACGUCCUGGCCAAUGUCUUCCGGGAGGAGCUGCUGCCCCACCUACUCCCCCUGCUCAAGGGACUCCUCUUCCACCCUGAGUGGGUGGUCAAAGAGUCAGGCAUCCUGGUGCUGGGCGCCAUCGCUGAGGGCUGCAUGCAGGGCAUGGUGCCCUACCUGCCUGAGCUGAUCCCGCACCUCAUCCAGUGCCUGUCGGACAAGAAGGCCCUGGUCCGCUCCAUUGCCUGCUGGACGCUGAGCCGCUACGCCCACUGGGUGGUCAGCCAGCCCCCCGACAUGCACCUCAAGCCCCUGAUGACAGAGCUGCUCAAGCGUAUCCUGGAUGGCAACAAGAGGGUGCAGGAGGCGGCCUGCAGUGCCUUUGCCACCCUGGAGGAGGAGGCCUGCACGGAGCUGGUGCCCUACCUCAGCUAUAUCCUGGACACCCUUGUCUUCGCCUUCGGCAAGUACCAGCACAAGAACCUGCUCAUCCUCUACGAUGCUAUCGGCACCCUGGCUGACUCCGUGGGCCACCACCUCAACCAGCCGGAAUACAUCCAGAAGCUGAUGCCUCCGCUGAUCCAGAAGUGGAACGAGCUCAAGGAUGAAGACAAGGACCUCUUCCCUCUGUUGGAGUGCCUGUCGUCGGUGGCCACUGCCCUGCAGAGCGGCUUCCUGCCCUACUGCGAGCCCGUCUACCAGCGCUGCGUCACCCUGGUGCAGAAGACUCUGGCCCAGGCCAUGAUGUACACCCAGCACCCUGAGCAGUACGAGGCCCCCGACAAGGACUUCAUGAUUGUGGCGCUGGACCUGCUCAGCGGCCUGGCCGAGGGCCUGGGAGGCCACGUGGAACAGCUGGUGGCCCGCAGCAACAUCAUGACGCUGCUGUUCCAGUGCAUGCAGGACUCCAUGCCUGAGGUCCGGCAGAGCUCCUUCGCCCUCCUGGGAGAUCUCACCAAAGCCUGCUUCAUCCACGUCAAGCCCUGUAUCGCCGAGUUCAUGCCCAUUCUGGGCACCAACCUGAACCCUGAGUUCAUCUCUGUCUGCAACAAUGCCACCUGGGCCAUCGGUGAGAUCUGCAUGCAGAUGGGGGCGGAGAUGCAGCCCUACGUGCAGAUGGUCCUCAACAACCUGGUGGAGAUCAUCAACCGGCCCAACACGCCCAAGACGCUGCUAGAAAACACAGGUCGCCUGACGAGUCCCUCUGCCAUUCCAGCCAUCACCAUCGGCCGCCUGGGCUACGUGUGCCCACAGGAGGUGGCCCCCAUGCUGCAGCAGUUCAUCCGGCCCUGGUGCACGUCCCUCAGGAAUAUCAGGGACAACGAGGAGAAGGACUCAGCCUUCCGAGGCAUCUGCAUGAUGAUAGGCGUCAACCCCGGGGGCGUCGUGCAGGACUUUAUUUUCUUCUGCGACGCUGUAGCCUCCUGGGUAAGCCCGAAGGACGACCUUCGGGACAUGUUUUAUAAGAUUCUCCACGGCUUCAAAGACCAAGUUGGGGAGGAGAACUGGCAGCAGUUCUCAGAGCAGUUCCCGCCUCUGCUCAAGGAGAGGCUGGCUGCCUUCUAUGGGGUCUAGACGAGCAUCACGACCGCCAGGUUUCUGUCUGCGUCGUUGGAGGGGUUGCUGGGGAGCGCGCUGCGUCCAGAAGUCGCCGUGCCCUG